GAAUCAGAAUCGAAGUAGUAACAAAAAUAUCCGCUUUCUUCCCUCCUUCUUCUUCUUCCUCACAUUUUCCUCUUCAGUAAUUAAUUUCUCUAUUCCUUCCAAUUUAGAUGACUUCCUUAAUUCCUCUCUCUUUCCAUCCUCCUUUUCUCCACUUCAAUUCCCGCUCUUUUCCUUCCAAAUCCUUUCCACUCUCUCCUUCCCCUUCCAAACUCUUCCUCUGUUUCUCUUCUUCAACUAAUUCCUCGAAUUUCGAUCGCGAAGAAAGCCGGUGGCUUCGCGAAGAACAACGGUGGCUCCGGGAAGAGCAACGCUGGCUAAGAGAAGAGAAGCGGUGGUUAAACGAGAAAGAAUCUCUGCUUCGGCAAAUCUCCGAACUCAAGCUUCAAAUCCAAACCUUAGAGAACCGGAAUUCGGUUCAAGGAGCUUCGGUUUCGGAGACGAUAUCGAGUAUCGGAGCUUUAUUGCAGGUGUUGAAAGAGAAGAAUCGGAUUGCGGACAGCGGAGAAAGCACGAGUGAGAUGGUUUUGGAAGAAGUAAAAGAGAAAGAGGUGGUAGUGGAGGAAGGAGUUAGGGUUUUGGCGAGGAGGGAAAAAGAGGAAGAAAAGAAGAUAGAAAGGAAAGCGUUGAGGGUAGGCAGCGAAGGAGAACAAGUUCGAGAAAUGCAGGAGGCAUUAGAAAAAUUGGGUUUUUAUUCGGGAGAGGAGGACAUGGAAUUUUCUAGCUUCUCCAGUGGAACUGAGCGUGCCGUGAAAACUUGGCAAGCAACAGUAGGUGCUCGCGAAGAUGGAAUAAUGAGUGCAGAACUUCUUCAAAGGUUGUUUACGGGACAGCAGAUCAAGAGUUCAGAUCAUGAAGUAGCCCCUCCAACUGUUCCAGAGAAGGAACAAACGAAUGGAGCUGCAAUUGCUUCUUUGACAGAAAUCUCAGAAAUACAACAGGAAGUUGUGAAAGAGGAAGGUUUCACACAAGCUGAGGUAUCUCAACAUCGAGUUUUUCUUCUUGGAGAAAAUCGGUGGGAAGAACCCUCUAGACUUGCUGGAAAGGAUAAAAAAGCCAUGGAAAGUAAAAACAGAGAUUCCACAACAAGGUGCCAUGCUUGUCGUGGGGAGGGCCGUUUAAUGUGCACAGAAUGUGAUGGAACAGGCGAACCCAACGUAGAACCGCAGUUUUUAGAAUGGGUGGAGGAGGGAGCAAAUUGUCCAUAUUGUGAAGGCCUUGGGUACACAAUUUGUGACGUAUGCCAAGGAAAAGCAGUGAUUUAGGCAUCCAACUGUGGUUUAGUGUUCAUUUAACACACGUGUUAACACGGAACAAAUUAACUAGGCUAUCCAGCUGUGGAAAUGAGUUGCCUGACCACCUGCUACAACAGCUCCCUAUUGUCUGUUACAUCAAUCUUGCUUUACAGAUCAUACAAAUAAAAGCAUGAUAUCCAUAAUCUUUCAGAAACUUUCA